AUGUCUCAUUCACCGGAGAGGGCUGGUGAGGAUGGCGGCUCACACCACGGCUUCUCUGCCAAAAUCCACGAUCUCAAGGAUAAGCUGAAGAACAGUCAUCUCCAUGAUGCCAAAGUUGCCUUGAUCCACAAGAAACACCAAAUCGGAAAGUUUGGCAAUCUGUUCAACCCUCAACACCGUCACGAUGAGGAACAUGAAAAGGCCUGUGAUGAGAAGCGUACCAAAAUUGGCGAGGAGCACCGCUUCAAGUCUUACUUUCCUGAACGCGAUGGCAACAUGAUCAAGUGGUAUGUCGACGGACGGGACUACUUUUGGGCUGUUUCCGUCGCUCUGGAACAGGCUCAGGAAACCAUCUACAUUGCGGAUUGGUGGCUAUCCCCGGAAUUGUUCUUGAGACGCCCACCAUAUUACAACCAGGAAUGGAGACUGGAUGAAGUACUGAAACGCCGCGCCGAGGCUGGUGUCAAGAUUUACGUGGCUGUUUACCGUGAAGUCGAAGCAGCCAUUUCCUGCAACUCUGAACACACAAAGCAUGCAUUGCAGUCUCUAUGUCCAAAAGGAUCUCCGGGCUACGGAAACAUCAAGAUCAUGCGUCACCCCGACCACAAUGUGCUCGAGAAUGCUGCCGACAUGACCUUUUAUUGGGCCCAUCAUGAGAAGUUCCUGGUCAUUGACUACAAGAUGGCCUUUAUCGGUGGUCUUGAUCUUUGUUUUGGCCGCUGGGAUGCCCAUCAACACCCCCUGAGUGAUGUACACCCUGAAGGUGUUGCCAACGAAGUGUGGCCGGGCCAGGACUUCAAUAACAAUCGAGUCAUGGACUUCAAAAACGUUCAGGACUGGAAGCAGAAUGAGCUGAGCAAGGCCGAUUAUGGGCGUAUGCCCUGGCACGACGUGGCAAUGGGUGUCAUUGGCCCAUGCGUCUACGAUAUCGCCGAGCAUUUCGUAUUGCGCUGGAAUUUCAUAAAACGUGACAAGUACAAGCGAGAUGAUAGAUUCGACUGGCUCGAGCUGCGUGGACGAACUGGCGAGGAUGAAGAUCUGGUGGGAGUGCAACGCCCCAAGCAUCCUGUUGGCGACUAUGUUCUUCACCCGCUCACGCCAAUGGAGACAAAGAACCUCGAUAAUCGAGGCACCAUUCACGCGCAAGUCGUCCGUUCCAGCGCUGAUUGGUCCAGUGGAAUUCUGAGAGACCACUCGAUUCAGAAUGCAUAUUCUGAAAUUAUCCGCAAUGCCGAACACUACGUCUACAUUGAGAACCAGUUCUUCAUUACCGCUACCGGAGACCAGCAAUCACCAAUUCACAACACCAUUGGCCGUUCAAUCGUUGAUGCUUGUGUACGAGCCGGCAAGGAGGGUCGCAAGUUCCGCGUCAUUAUUAUGAUUCCCUCCAUUCCUGGUUUUGCUGGUGACCUCCGCGAUGCUGCCGCCACAGGCACAAGAGCGAUCAUGGACUACCAGUACAAAUCCAUCUGCCGUGGCGAGCAUUCCAUCUUUGAACAGAUUCGCAAGGAAGGCGUCGAUCCCACAAACCACAUAUUCUUCUUCAAUCUGCGAACCUAUGAUCGCCUCAACAAGACACCCGCCAUCAAGAAGAGAGAGGAAGAGACUGGCAUCAGCUAUCAGGACGUGCAACGCGCGCAAGCUGAAGAGAUCAUGGGAAGUGGUAUUCACGGAUCCAAGGAUGUCGAAGGAGGCGUCGACUCGCACAUGGGCAAGAGUUCAGAUCACGGCAAAGGCGCUGAUCGGCAGCUCAAUGAUGAACAGUCUGAGCAGGCCAUUGACGCCAAGAGGAAAUUCGAAGCAGAAAUGGACGGCCUGGAGAAAACAACCACAUCCUUCAGUGUGGCGCAUCAUGCCAUGGCAGACACUGGACCGCUUUCGGAGGAGAGCUGGGAAGGCGAUGCCAAGGAGGAAGUGGAGAACUGGAUCCAGGAGGAGCUCUACAUUCACGCAAAGCUUCUCAUUGUCGACGAUCGCAUUGUCGUCUGUGGCUCCAGCAAUUUGAACGAUAGGAGCCAGGAAGGUCACCAUGACAGCGAGUUGUCUAUUGUGAUGGAAGAUACGGAUCGCAUCCAAAGUGUCAUGGAUGGAAAGCCCUUUGAGGCGGGUAGGCAUGCCGCUACAUUGAGACGAUAUCUUUGGCGCGAGCACCUUGGUCUUUUGCCUCCUCAGGACUUUGAUGCCAAGGACGACGUCAAUGCGCAGCCACCAGGCGACGACUCUCCCAACGACCCUUGGGAUAAAGAAGACAGUUAUAAAUUUGUUGAAGAUCCUCUAUCAGAGGAUAUGUGGAAGAUGUGGACCGAAAGCGCCACGACGAACACGGAAAUCUUUCGACACCUCUUCCAUGCUGAUCCAGAUGAUCACGUCAAAACGUUUGACGAUUAUAACACCUUCUUACCUCCGAAGGGCGUUAAAGCUGGUCAUAUCUUUGACAGAUUCUUGCCUCCAGAAGAUAUCCGUAGCAAGCUUGACAAGAUCCAGGGACAUCUGGUAUGGUUCCCACUCGAUUUCCUGAAGGACGCAAACAUGGCAGAGACUGGGUUGCAAGUCAACCAGUUUACUGAAAGUGUCUAUACCUAA